GUAGCAGCUCUCUCCUACCACGCUUUCCCGUGUGCUGGUCGUGUCGGUCCGCAGGCUGUAGGAGGCUGCAAAACGUCGAGCCCGGAACAAGCGAAAGGCAGCUAGUUACCCGCAACGCGGUGGUGAAGUACUUAACAGACAGCUCUACUACGGCAACUACGACCACCGAGCAUCCCGCCACACCGGCCUUCCCUCGCUCUCCUAGUGCUUCUCCCUGCCCAGUGGUUUGUCUUGCCUGCAUGGGGUGUUCGUGACGCUGUGCCAAGGUAGUUUUUGGAACAACGCACCGGACUGAUUCUAUUUUUGCGGUGUUCAACCCCUGACUUCGGCGCGCGCGGCCCUCCAAACUCCUACGCCGGCGACACCUCAGCAACGAUCCGCGAUGGAGGAUCUAGACGCCCUGCUCGCCGAUCUGCAGCAGACGACGGCGAGUCUCAGCAACGGCUCGUCGCCUAUGUACUCGAGCAUCAACAGGCCAGGAGCCUUCGGAAAAGACCACAAUAUGAGCCACACCGUCACCACCGAGCGCUACGAUUACAAACCCUCCUCGGACAAGACGUCGCCCAUCUACCAGAACCAGUACAUCGUGCGGGAAGUCACAACGACAACUACGAAUCGGACUUCUUCACCAACAUCACCGCGCAGCCGUCGUCUCUUGGAUGGGGCUGCCAGUCCACCAACUCCGAGGCGCUCGCCCAUUUCCAAUAACCUGUCGGAGCUGGACAACCUCCUGGAAGACCUGAAUACGGCCAAGUUCCCACCCCCAAUCACACCUUCACCUCCACUUUCUAGGAGCAGAGUUACCGAGGUUACCACCACUCGCGAGGUCUCGCACGUGCCGAAUGGGAGGUCCCUCUCGCCGUCUUCACCAGUUCGGUAUCGGCCGCCCUCUUCGCCACGUUCUUACGAGAUGGAGCCUGCGAUGGAGAACCUCCUCGAUGACCUUCAGAGUGCCGUUCCACAGCCAAGUCGAGGAGUUCCAAAGACGCCGCAGAGCCCCAAGCCACCACGCAGCUAUGCCACCCCAACUCCUACUGCAUCCUCUGCAACCAAGGAACUUGAUGACUUGAUGGCAUCGCUUUCAGACUUCAACCUGAACGGGCCACAGGCUCAGUCACCCAUCCAGUCCCAGCAGCGUCAGCAGCUGCACGGCUCUCCGACACCCGUGAGCGACCCAGCGUACGCCAAGCCCCACCGGCUGAACCGGCCCAACCAGCCACCCGGCAAUAAGCUGGAUUCCAUGUUAGGCACCCUUCAGUCGGACCUGACCAAACAAGGGGUCACCACGACGGCCAAGGGACACUGCUCCGCGUGCUCCAAGCCCAUCGUCGGCCAGGUGGUCACUGCCCUUGGUCGCACAUGGCACCCCGAGCACUUCGUGUGCGCUCACUGCAACCAGGAGCUGGGCACCAAGAACUUCUUCGAGCGGGACAAUGAGCCCUACUGCGAGACAGACUACCACAAUAUCUUCUCCCCGCGAUGUGCCUACUGCAAUGGUCCCAUACUGGAUAAAUGUGUGACCGCCCUGGACAAGACAUGGCACCCGGAGCACUUUUUCUGCGCCCACUGCGGGACACAGUUUGGCGAGGGAGGAUUCCACGAGAAGGACGGCAAGCCUUACUGCCGCGACGACUACUUCGAGCUGUUUGCGCCCAAGUGCGGUGGCUGCAACAGGCCAAUCACUGAGAACUACAUCUCGGCCCUGAAUGGCCAGUGGCAUCCCGAAUGCUUCGUCUGCCGCGACUGCAGGCAACCGUUCAACGGCGGCAGCUUCUACGACCAUGAGGGGCAGCCCUUCUGCGAGACUCACUACCACGCCAAGCGGGGCUCGCUCUGCGCGGGCUGCCACAAGCCCAUCACGGGCCGCUGCAUCACGGCCAUGUUCCGCAAGUACCACCCCGAGCACUUCGUCUGUGCCUUCUGCCUCGGCCAGCUGAACAAGGGCACUUUCAAGGAGCAGAACGACAAGCCCUACUGCCACGCCUGCUUUGAGAAGCUCUUCGGCUGAAGGGGUUCCCACAAUCCCACCACCCGCACGCGGUUGGCGCCGCCGCUGCUACUGAACAUUAUAGUCGAUGACAAGCUAAGGAUGCAGUGUAAAAACAGGCCAGUGUUCCAACUCUAAAAUGAGAAUUCAUGCAAAUGUUCCAACUAGUUAUGCUACCUUCCUUCAGGUACCUGCUUUGCUGGCUCAACUGCCGAUGUGUACCACUACUAAGCCUGAAGGUGCAAGUUCAAUUCCCAGCCACAUUGGACACAUUUCCAUGGGGGCAAAAGACAAAAACACCCGUGUACUUAGGUUUUGGUGAACAUUAAGGAACCCCAGGUGGUCAAAAUUAAUGCAGAGUCCUCUACUACGACCUGCCUCAUAAUCAACACGAUUUUGGCUCAUAAAAACACAAAUUUUGUUUGUUUUCACUUGCUUCAGCAUUGUUGUGGCCAGGAAUGGCUUCUUUCAAUGUCCACCCACAGGGCCGUCUCAGUGACUGGUAUUCUUCUGUCGAUCAUGAGGUCAUGGGUGCGGAAAGCAAAAGCACUCUUGCACGUCAACGAACUUCAGAUAGUUGAAAAUUAUUCGGAGAUCCCAACUGUGGCAUCUCGCAUAGCCGUUGUGUUGCCUUGGGAUCUUGGACUCCACAAUUAACUUUUAUUUUAUUUUUAAGUAUUCAUGGCAAUUAUAGUUUGAAGCAACUAUGACUAUAACACAGGUACAAUGCUGUUUUGUGGUGGGCGGAGCUUGUACUGAAUUCUUAUGUUGUCACACGUCAAGGCAGUGAAGGACUUCUGCUUGGACUGAGCCUAAAGCUUAUCUACUCAACUUGCUAGUUAAGCGCGAAGAUGUUUGCGAAAAUGAUUGUAUAGUGAAAGUUGCGGACUCUUUGUAACACUUCAAAUGCAUGGGUGAUUUUUAUGUGUGACACAUUGAAAUGCAUCUACGAAGCCAUUGCUGACAAGCCAAACUCGUCUCGUUUUUACAGGCCCUGACGGCUGUUUUGUGACGCUACUCAUAAUCAGCACUGUCGUGUACACAGGCCUGUAGCCUUAUAGCACGUUUUUGUUUCGAGUCUCAAUGUGUGCACUCAUGCCAGACUGAAACGCCGAAAUCGAAGCAACAAGGCAAGCCUUUGUUUACACCUGAUUGCUUCAAGUUGCCAUCUAUUGAAGUUGCAACUUGCUGAGUACAUAAAAGCAACAUGCAUACUGGCCAAUGCGUCGCUUCCAGAUGGAUUUCUUCUGUUUAAUUUUCAAUUUGGUGCAAUGUUUUUGUAACUGACUGUUCCAUUCGAACUUUCAACAUGUACUAUGUAAUGACACCUGCUGUUGGAAUGCUGUGUACAACAUAUUAGAAUGACGUAUUGCAAGAGCACAAGAAAGUGCUAACGUGACAAGACAACGACAACGACCACAGCAGUUUUGCCUGUUGCGUUCAGGAGCAGCGGCAGCAGCGGCAGUUACUCGACUGCAGAAAGUGGCUGUGUACUUUGAUGCAUUUUCUUUUGGUAAAUGUUAAGUUUUUAGCCUGACUUUCUUUUUCUCUCUCUCUCCCUCUCUUCUUUUUCGCGAUGAUUGUUAUGUUUUCUACUGUCAACUAGUUAAUAGGUACGUGUACAGUAGCCCUUCCUUCCUGAGGCUAUGUGGGAAUCGCACCUCGCAACUAGCUUACGACAAAUAGGAACAGGCUAUGUCGUUAAUGGAAGCUUCUGCCCACAUUUGAUGUUUCGACUUGGCCGUCUAUGUAGUCGGUGUAGCUGUCCUAACAAGUCCUAGUAGGUCGUCUGGGACUUCUUUAGCACAUGACUCGCCGACAGUUCCAGCGUGCUGUGAACGUAGUUUACAGACUGCAAGAAUUACUCUUCACGAACCGCAAAGGCCAGUGGAGCCCUGGACUGAGGACCCCACCCACUUGCCCAUAAACGUUAUAUAGGCAAUAAAUGUUUUUACUACUACUUUUACUAUUCGCAAUGCGUAUUUUGCAAGCCUGUGGCUAACAAAACUUGACAGAAACUUGCGCGUGGGAGAACUUUUAGCAGGCUUGCCUAUCUGUUGGGGAACAGUUGCGUACAUUGUCAAGAUCAAGCUUUGCCCGACGCAUUUUUUUGCGAAAUGCUAGCCAUUUGCGAUAAAGUGGGCAUAUGCUUGGCGACCCCAUGUUUUAGGCACGCUUAGAAAACAACAUUGCCUUUUAGUUAAAUGUUUCUUAACAGGCUUGGCGCUCCGUGAUGUUUUUACUGUUAAUAUUUUUAAACGUGGCCCUUUUCUUAUAUGUGCUGUAUGACAAUUCCUUACCCCCCUCCAUCCAUAUAUACAUGUGCAAUGCAUUAUAAUUUUAUUGUUCUUGCUCUAAGCUUGUUGUAAACAUCUUUCUCUCAUCUUGUUUGGCUACAAGAACCCUUAAAGCAGAAAUCACGAGCAAGUUGGACAUUCGCGCUGAACGGGAGACAAGCAAGUAUAUACUAUGUCGCUCUCUGCUGUGAGCAAUAUGACUGAGCUUGCAAGUAAAAUCUACGCCAUCACCAUGCUGUAGCUGCAAGAAAUGUACCCACAACAACGGGAAGCCUGGGUUGCUGUAACUCAGCUAUUCCUUCCGCUCUGUCAAUUUUAGCAUUCACCAUCCACAGCCAGCUGAUAACAUUGAUAAUGCGAGUGAAGCACUGCUCUUACAACUGACAAAGUGCAAAAAAAGAAACAGCAUUGUCUUAGAGUCGUUGCCCUACCCGGGCCAUGAAUUGAUACUGUGAUUUCACAUAUUGAAGAAUUUUAACUUUUUAUGCAACUUUGUAUUGAGAAAGAAAGAAAGAAAACAGUACUUCUACACCCAUUGUUGUUACGGUGACAGGAUAGUUCAACAGCUGUACUCAAAUUUCACUCCAUUAAUAUAUUUCGAGGGCAGAAGUGGCACUUGGCUUUUGUUGUUGCCACCCCAGCCUCACAAUCAGUCAGCGAUCAGAAUAAAUCUAUAGUGUCAAAUGAAAGGAAUUGCAUUGCAAUAGCAAGGGUUUCAAGGCAAAAGAAAAGCCUAUAUGUAUACUCGAAGUACCGAGUUGGUGACGCAGAUUUGCACAUUAUGGUAACUGAUAAACAAGCACAUUUUUGGACCUCAUGUAGCAGGUACAGUAGGAACCGUGUAAUAGGAACUUCAGAUAUGGUAAUUUUUCAUCCCCUGGUCGAUUUCCGGUGCUUUCUACGGCAUAUAAGAAAAUCGUUUAUCUUGUUAAAACCAUGCACUACAAAUGACUGCAGCAGCCUUCAUGAGGCAGGGGCAUAGCCAGGGGGGGGGUGUCAAAUCCCCCCCGAAAAUUUUUCAAUUUUGCUUGCGUGUAUAUACACACACAUACAAACACACGCACAAACAUACAUAACGUAUGGUAGAACCCCCCGAAAAAAAAUUUUGGCUACGCCCCUAUCAUGAGGCUAUUUCUAGCUUCAUCUGUACUUUUGUAAGUGACCAUGGGGCCAAAGUCCAAAAUUUGGCUGUUCCAUACUAAUGCGAACUAGGUCCCAUCGCUGGAUAAGUUUGUAGGUUGAGACAGGCAAUUUAUUAAACAUGAAAAGCACACGAUAUGUUGUUGACGGCCUUAGCGGGAAAUGGUAUUAGGCACGGCUCUGCAUUUAUAAAGCUUACAGUACAGUACACACAUUACAUACUUUAUUCUGACCAGUUCACUACAACAGGUGGUUCUACUGUAUCAUACAUCUAGUAUAGCAACACACUGUGCCAACGAAUUCUACUCUUCCAGGAACAUAUACUGCUCAUGUCUCUAUCUCAACGAAAGCGUAGCUCAGUCAAUUAUCAAUGACACUGAAGGCUCACGUACUGGCAAAAGCUACACGACACGCUACUCUCGUUUUUGGGUUGUUGGCUGGUACCUGAAUAUUUUUUUUUUUUGCUUUAGCAUUGAGCUUCUUCUUGUAGUUUUUCCUUCAGAGUAAGUGUUUGUGUGCAUCUCGAAAGGUUGUGGUCUGUGUCGGGCACGAAUUGCCCCAUUUUCAUGACAAAACAACGUGAAGUGCAUCCUACAGAAUACGUGAUCGAUUUUUUUGGCAGCCACUUACACAUGGAGGACAUUUUAGACUUCUGCGACUGUUCUAGCAGUCACAAAGAUUUCUUGUGCACCAGAGACUCGUUUACCGUUCAUCGUUUGAUGUUUUAAUUGUAUACUGCAACGCACUCGCGUCUUAUGUUUUGGUGCAGUCGGCACGUAGUAACCUUGCUGCACGUACGUUCGUGUGCAAGGCACGUUAACUUUCUUGGCAAUUGCACUAUACUCACGUACUCGGGGUGAUGACACAAUAUUUUAGUCUGGGGUUUCUAUCAGUCUUUUUAUACAUACUGUAUACAUAUAUAUAUUAUAUAUAUAUUACCGCAGGGUGAUGCUACAAGAACUUGGGUGGGUUUCUCUCUUCGUGUAAUAGCAACAUGCUUUUAGUAAUAUUCCUGAGUGCGCUAGGCCUAAUGAGCACUUUUCUCCACCGUAAAAGUCGUCCGCAAAUGUAGGAGUUGCUAAGUCAUGUUGAAAUUGUGUUGCAUAUUUGCGCAUUGUAAUGAGGGUCAAACAGUCUGUCUGUGUAUGUGUGUGUCUUUGAUGAUGCGCAAAACGACGUGUGCAAUUUUUAGUGCCGCCAGCACUGUACACAGUGUCUGUGUUAUUUUUUUUCGAUUGUCAAAAGCUGCUACCACCUUCACGUUGUGACUGUAAUGUCGAGGCCUAACAAAGAAAGCCUUUGUUUGUUA